UGCAGAUCAAUGUCGCUCCGACGCUGAAGCCAGUGCGCCUGUCGGUCUGGGAAUGAGCGCAACUUCGACACGCUCCUCUCUGCUGCGCCGCUGCUUCUUCUUUUUCUUCUCGCUUCACUGGAGAGGCAAACGCCGGGAGGCUGCUUUCAGAGCCGGACCCGGGAUGGGCUCUCUGGCAGCCCUGCGGACGGUCCUGGUCCUGGGCCUGGUGACCGGACUGGCGGGAUGCGCCCCCGGCCUGAACGGGACGGCAGACCGCUGGGAGGCCCUUUAUUCCCGGUCUUUGGCGCGUAUCCCGGGGGAGAAGCGGGAGGAGAUGAGCCGGGACAGCGACUACCUCCUGGGCAUUAAAAGGUUGCGGCGCCUCUAUUGCAACGUGGGGAUCGGCUUUCACAUUCAGGUGUUACCGGACGGUAGAAUAACGGGAGUACACAACGAAAAUCGUUACAGCCUUCUGCAGAUCUCACCGGUGGAGAGAGGGGUGGUGACUCUGCUGGGCGUUCGCAGCGGACUCUUUGUGGCCAUGAACCGAAAAGGAAAGCUGUACGGAUCUUUGCACUACAACAACGAGUGCAAGUUCAGAGAGAAGCUCCUCGCCAACAACUACAACGCCUACGAGUCAGUAGCCUACCCGAGGAUGUUCAUCGGCUUGAGUAAGAAUGGCAAAACAAAAAGAGGAAACCGAGUGUCACCCGCCAUGACAGUGACACAUUUCUUGCCAAGAAUCUAGUGGCCUCAUAAAUAGACUUCACCUCAAUAUGGAGACAGAGAAGGAGGGAGGCUCCAAACCAUGAUGCACUUUUACUCCUAGCUUUAUGCAAGUGUAUCAUAUUUGAUCUUUUGCUAUGGAUAUAUUCAUUUCUUUAAUGUAUGUUUAACAGCUGUUUUGUAUGUUUUUUUUAGGCGUCUUUUCAUUGGGGGAGAGUCAGAGAUGCUCAACAUGUUAUUUAUGUUUUCAUUUUCUAAUUUAUCAGACAUUUGCUGCUACUGAAUGAAAUCCUGUCUUUGGAUGUUGGUUUUCUUUGCACGGAUGAGAAAAUACGCAACAGUGCACAGAUGAAUUUAAUGUGGUUUUUUGUUUGUUUUGUUUUUCAACAAAAAAAAAGGACCUUUUUGAGUCUUAGUCUAAAAAAACAAAAUGAGGCACAAGUGUCUUUGGUGUGAGACAUGGCACUGAUCACCCAAUGCUCCAGUUCUUUUGUGUGGCACUGGAGCCUAAUUGAAACAGUAUCAUCUUACUGUAGAGAGAGAGAGAGAGGUGGGGAGGACAGCAGGCCUCCUCUGGUCUGUUUAUAGCUCUGCAAGGGGGGAUGAACUAUGAACUUUUCUGCCGUCAAUCUCAGUCAGAUCUAUAAGUCUACCGAUAGAGACAGGAAUCCUCUCUGACAUUAUAUAAGUGGGGAAUUUGGGAGUUUAAAGGCAAGGUCAAAGAGCUGAAAUGCAACAGACAAGUUUUAGCCUUGACUGUGGAAUAUGACUAUUCUUAAUGUCAAGUAGUUGCUGAUUGUCAGGCCUGGCUGUUGGAUGGAAAGAAAAAAGUGAACAUGCUACUUCUGAAGCAUUAGAGCAUUAGUCUGUAGAAGUCUGUAGAAAUAUUUGCCUGUGUUGUGCCAAACUUUGUCUCCCUUUAAAAAAGUCUUUUGCCUAAUGAUCUCUGCCUGAAAGCAAUAGUAUGUCCCUUAAGAAAGAAGGCAGAUCUCAGUCUUCAAAUGGAACAGCAAUUAAAUACAUCCUAACUCAGUUUAUUUAAUUUUUGUUUGUGUAAUUGUCACCUGUAGCUGCAAUAGUUGCUGGUUUGCAAAGUUGUGCUUUAAAAUCACAUUUUGGAAAAAAAAAAAUCAAAAAACAUUUGACAUUUAUAAAUUAGACAAAUUUUUUGCUCAGCGUUAGAUGGAAGAUUGAUACAACUUUCUUGUCUGUCCAGUACAUAUAAAGACAUAUGAAGCAACAGCCAGCAGCAUAAAGACUAUUUUGAAACUCACUGGACAACAUAUACAAGUCUAUCCAUUGUGAUCCUGCAGGAAAUACUUCAAUCAUAUGUUGUAUUUAUACUAACAGAUGAGAUCUAAUAUGCAAGUGAGCUUAAGUGGGUGCAUUUUUCUAAACUGAGGACAAGCUCAGACUGGCUGUUUCCCUUGUUCCCAGUCUUAGUGCUGAGCUUUGCUAACUGUGGCUGGCUGCAGCAUCAUAUUCAUCACCAUGAGAGUAGUUCCAGUGUGACCAUCUAACUCUCCACAAGAAAGCAGAUACACAUAUUUCCCAAAAUAUCCAACCAUUCUUUGAAGAGUCCUUGUAUCCUGAAACUCCUUCAGUUUUUAUUUCUCUGGUGAUACAUCAGUGUCAUCUACUGAGUGCAUUUCCCCUGCAGUCAUUUCCUCCUGCAGUGCUAAACAACAACACACUCAGGAUAACUCACAGGCUCACAAAUACAUUUGGUUGAGGAUACAAACUUUGGCACAGUUCUGGUACGACAAGUCCCUUUUGUGUUUUUUGUCUUUGACAAACCAACAGACCUUUUCAGGCUUUGCCAUAGCUUCCUGCAGCUGUAGCUGUCCUGCUCUGGCUAGUUUACUGUCCGUAUUUGCCACACUCCUUCCUUGUGUUCGUCACUGUGUUUCUCUGAGUCCGUGUGGUUGACUGCAGCUCAGCUCUGGUGGCCAUGUUGUCCUAGUUGCGCCUUGUCACGUUCCAGCUAUCUUUACCCUGUGAUUUACUUUUAGAAAGGAUAAUCAUGGGAGAAAUAUUUACGGACAGCUGUUGGACUGUACUAUAUGCUAGGGCCAGUAACCCUAUAUUUUUCUUUAUAUAUUUUGUAAAUAUAACCUCUCAGUAACUGAAGGUUCUGGUAUUCCUUUCGGGGGGAGGGACAGUUUUAAACCAACAGAGCUGGGUGGAAGUUGCUGUCUAAAGGCACAAGGUGCUUUUAAUUGGCUCAUUUUGGCGCAACUGUUUUAUAAAGCCACCAGUCAUCAAAAGCCUAAGUUAAAAAAGGACUAGGGAUAGGUGACCACAUGUUACCCAUUUCUGUUUUUGUUCGCUCUCCUGUUUUCUCUUUCAGUCUCUUAGCUAAGAGAUUUGAAAUCUUCAUUUCAACAUUCCGCAUACGAUGACAUAUAUUGUAACCAGCCCAGCUCCUGUUUGGGACUGUACUGUUUGCUCUGUUAAGCCAGAGUGCUUUUGGUAGAAGUGAUGAUGUAUUAGCACAGAGGCCAGCCACAGUGAAUGCACACGCUAGCUAUUCAAUUGCAAAUAGCUCAAACAAAUAUCAUGCAAACUGUUGUUUGUAGUGCCUUUAUGUCCUGACUGCUGCAAACUAUGACUGUCGAGACUGAACUAAGCUCUGCAGGCUCACUGUGAGAUAUAUGUCAAGUUGUCAAAAUAAGUGCAAAAGCCACUGUCUGUUGGUCGUACAACAUCUCCUUUUACAGUGUGGUUGUUAAAAUCUGCUCUCAAACAUAUCAGCCGGUCAGCAGUGAUGUAUGCAGGUAUACUGGUGUGUCUGGUGCUCACAGCUGGCCUCAGUGUUCUCCAGUAUCACUGCUUUGCAUGGCAGGCAUCAUGUUUACAGUAGAAUACCCUUCUGCUCUCUGUCACUGACCCAGGACCAGCCCUCUACCCCAGCUGCUCAUUUGGUUAUCCAUCUACAGCCCACGCAACAGCAGUACAUGCGUCAGCAUCAUGCGACUGGUGUAGCACGCUUUCUGCUCUACGGGUGCAAAUGAUUCCCAGCAGCUUUACUGCCACUGCUGACAUGCAGACUUUUACAGACAGGCUGCUGCUGUACACACAGUUUAUUGUUUUGUUUUUUACAUUUUUAUGUACAGGACAAUAACAGCCGAAGUCCCAAACUUCCAUGGAUGUCACUAUUACAGAGUCGUUUGACCAAAAAUGACAAAAAACCUGAUGGUACUUAGUCAUGCAAAUAGCGUUGUUUUUAUGUAUCCAGGUUUUGAACUGUCCUUUCCUAAAAUGUCUUAAAUAUGUAAACAUGAGAAUGGAUAUUUAGGAUUAACAGAAACACUGUCUAUUGUCGUAGGAUUUCUUCAAAGUCAUUUUUAAAAAUCCUGUCAGUAUAAUAAACAGGCUGGAGGGAGAACUCCCAGAAGCAUAUAUAUCAGAACCUGGGCAAUAAAAGAAUACUCUUAGAUCUCCCUGGCUUGAUCCUUCAAAGAUAACUGAGAAAAGGUUUUCGGGGUUUUUUUUUGUUUGUUUGUUUGUUUUUUUACAUUAGCAUUAACAAACCGCCUUAGAGUGAAAAUAACAACAGAAAGCUGAAUGGAAACUGGAGAAUUUUAUGGUGGUCCUGAGUGUGCAUCAGGGAGUGUAUGAUUGAACCUGUAAAAAUGGAUGACUGCUUUUCUUUGUUCCAACUCUUUUUACACAUCUACACUUUAAACUGUUGAUAAGUCUGUGGAACUCUGCAUUCAGGGAAAGUGACAAUAUGACACUGUACUAUUUUUGAAUUGAGUCCUGUGGUCUUAUGCAAAUUUUGUAUUAACUACUUUUAUCAGUUGUCUUGUAGUUUUAUACAGGGCUUAAUAAAAUGAAACACUGUAUGUGCUGUGCACAUGGAUUAAGUCCAACUUAAAGGAAGUUGACAAUAAAAAUAUGUUCCCCUAAUUGAAA